GUAAAUUGUGAAUGUUUUUCGAAUGUAAACACAACUUUAUUUAUGUUUUCCUGUUUAAUGCAUGGAAUGGGCAAAAGCUCUUAUUGUUCAAAGUGUUGAUUACAAAUAUUCUGUUACAUAAACGAUAAAAAAUAACUUUGCAUGGAAUCACAUCUAAUCACAGCCUCAGUAAAAAUGUUGCAUACCAAUAAUCAAUCUGAAUCUUUGAAGGUGCUUAAGUGCCUACUCUUUAAGUUUUUAGGAAAUCAUGUCAAUAAAAUGAUAUUUUGUUUACUAAACAAUUUAAAAUAAAAGUGCAGCCUGAAAUUUGAAUACUUAUUUGACAAAAUAUGAAAGUAAAUAAAUAUUAAUGAGUGGAGCACAAAUUUGUGGUCCAAUGAAUUUAUAAAGGCAAUCUAGAAAACAAGAUGGCUGCUGCUCAACCUGGCCCUGGGGUGAAAGCACUGCCAUUGACAGCAAAAGCUGCAGUUUGUAAGACCACGAAUGCAGUGAAAGAAUCCGCAAUGUCUCCCACUGCGACGGCGUCGGGCAGCGAGUCGGAGCAGGCUGAGCUGCUGGGCUCUUUGACUACGCAGCAGCAACAGCGGACCAGCGCCAGGGUCAUCAAGAAACUGAAGUUGGAGCCUCCGACCAAGGGGGCUAAGAGGACCGAUGGGCAGGCUGAUGAGCUCACAGAAUGCGAUACCCCCAGCAAGAUCGACGAUAAAGACUUGCUCAAGUUCCCUACUGUUAAGCAACGUAUGCCAAAAGCUCUGUGGUCUACCGACGAGAAGAGCCUGUUUUUCGAAGCCCUCAACGAAUACGGAAAAGACUUUGACGCUAUCACAGCCCAUAUAUGCGCCAAGAUGAAGAAGAAGGGCAUGCCAGAUGUGAAUUUGAAGACCAAGACUCAAGUCAGCCACUUCUACUACAGAACGUGGCAUAAGCUAUCCAAGCAUGUUCAUUUUGAUGAAAAUGUAAAGAAAGUCGCUCAAGAGCUAUACGCGCUCAUAAACUAUGGCGAGUUGCGCAAGAAGCUCGCCUCAGUUAGUGAGAAGACUUGCGCGCGCCUCAGCGACAUGGUGCGCGACGGCAGCAUAGUGGUGCGCGCGCGCGGUCGGAACGUUCGCGUGCGAACGCCCGCGUGCCGCGCCCUGCGCAAACUCAACCAGAUAGCGGAACGCGCGUGCGGCGCGCGCGUUUGUUCCCGCGCGGGCGUAUGGUUGCGCGCGCGCGAUUCUUGCGCCUGGGCGCGCGUUCAAGCCGCCGCGCACAACCCGCGCGCGCACGUCUCGCUGCCGCUGCGGACCGGCUUGCGAGCGUUUAUAAAAGCGCUGGCCGAUAGGUGGAGUCAGCACCCUAACUAUAAGUUGAACACGGAAGAAAGUACAGCUGAAGUGAAAUGCUGUGAGGAGACAAAGGAUAACGAAGAGUCGAAUCAAAACCAGGAAUCGACCCCCAGAACUUGUUUAGAAGACAAGGAUGACGAAAGAGAGGACGUGGAGGAUCACCUGCACUUGGAGACCGAUAGGAUAAUUGUUGAAGAACAAAGGCAGCCCAAGAAAGUGGUCCUGCAUCUGGGUCCUAAGCCCAGCGCUGACAUAAAUUUGCCCGUUCUAAGCCCCAGCGAGCAGCUUUCCAGUCAGAAAAUAUGCUUCUCCUCAUAUUUGGAGCGCAUGUGCUCGCAGCGACGCGACAAGGACGGCGGAUCAAAGCUACGCACACCGAAGCGCCAAAGAAAAGACAGCGCCACAGACAAAGACAAAGAAGUUGAGCCAAAGAAGUUCAAAGAAGACAACGAGUCCCAUAAAUUGAUGAACAUCGACGAGACCGCCAUCGAUGGUAUAGAGCUAAUGGCUAACUACAAGAACAUUCUAGAAGACGAAGAGAAACCGAGCACGGAAGACGAGAAGGAAAUUAAAGCUGAAGAAACAGCGGACGAGGAAUUACAAGAGAAUGGCUCAGAAAGAGACAAGGAUCUUUUGGAAAAAGACAAAGAGGUACCAGAAAGUGAGAAAGAUGUGGUAGAGAGGGAAAAAGAUGUUUCGGAGAAGGAUAAGGAUAUGUCAGAGAAGGAAAAAGAUAUGUCAGAAAAGGAGAAAGACAGCUUUUCGGAGAUGGAGGAUGACGAGAAAUACAAUAAGAGUGAUACAGAUAAUGAAAGCGAUCCAGGCAAGAAUGAAAAGAGUGGCAAGCAAACGAAGUUUAAAAAUCUUAAGGUGAAGUUCCGUAUACGUCCGAAGAAACGAGGCGGCAGCAUUUACACUUUAGUCCUGGACAAGGAACAGGAAGAAGUGAAAAUGACAGAUGACCAGAAGACCUCCGAGGAUGACCCGAAGCCCGACAUCGACGUAGAACUAGCAAUCAGGCAGAUCAAGAAGGGCUGGAGCGAAUACGACGCUGGAGAUCUCACAAUAGGGGAUUUGUAUCUUAUGUUCGGAUCCCGAUCCAAACUCGAAUUGGACUACUGGUGGGCCGAACCCACUUCACCUUUGCCUCAGCCACCGCAAGCUAUCUUAAAAACCGUUAAACAAGAGCCAGACAAGGAGAAACAUGUCGAUAAGAAAGAGAAGACCGACAAAACCCCGGACAAGCCCGUAGAAGUGACACUGGAAGAUGGAGAGCGAGCGAGAGAGAGUGAUAUCGAUAUAUUCUCUCCUAAGAUCGCGUACGGCCAAGAUAGCAAUGAUGGGAUGUCGGGGGAUGAGAGAAAAAACGAGCAACUUGCAUCCCCGGACCACAAAGCGUCUAGCUGCACAUUAAAGCUAACUAGCAAGCUCAUAAACAGGCCUACGCCAAACCAACAGCACGAGCAAGGUUUCAACCUACUAAGGGACAGGUUGAAACGAUUGCUCAGUUUCGUGGGCAAUCCUCACGUCAGUGCGACUACUUCAUCAAAUGUUCGCUGCAACUGUGGACACGUGUGCUCGCAGCGAAGACAGGGGCCGAAACAGCAAACUUGCAUCGCCCCACCGCGUCCUCCAGAACAAGCGCCAAUUUUCCGACACCCAACGCCAAUCGCGCCUCGCCCCGAUAACGAGAUGCAACAACCGCUAAAUUUGGAUGGCGUGCCUCGUUGGCGACGAGGCCGGCCUCGUGUCUCCGAUAGAAGGGUGGUAGUGCAGAGACUGCUGCCUUUGCUGCCCAAACUGCCGCCGCCUAGCAAUCUGUUGCCUGUGAAGAUAGUGCCGAACUCUCCACCGCCGCUUCCGAGACUGUUGCCUAAACCUCCAUCAACUUCUUCAUCCGAUCUUUCAUUCUUGUACGUGUUGAGUGAGUCGAAUGGACAGUUCUUCUUUCACGACGGUGACCGUAGAAUACCAAUCACACCACAAGAUCAAGACUCAAUUGCAGAGGAAGACUUGAAAGAAGAUGACGUGAAGGACCAAAAACCGGAUGCGACGGUCGAAACCAAACCGGAUAUAACCAAAGUGCAGCCAACUUCCAAUGGCGAGAAACCUGCCAACCCUGAUAUCGGAAGUUUCCUGCCUUCCGAAUCCAUGUCGUUGUCGCCUUCGCGUCUACUCCGCGAAACCGAGGGCUGGUUCGAGAGUUCCGUACAAGAUUUCUCUCUGAGCAGUUUCCUUGGACACCUGGAGGGGAGACCGCAGCCAGAUCUAGCAGUGGAUACCCAUCUUCAGUCUCUAAUGGCGGAAUCGAGUGUGGAUUACGUGGCCAAAUUCGCAGACCUGGCUGCUGAAGUGACUGACGAAGGCAACGAAGACCUCACCUGAAUAUAAACCUUAUUACCUAACGACGAAGCUUCAAUUUCAGUUUUGAUGUGGUGUCAUUCGAUGAGCACGUGUUUGUACAUUUAUAAUGUAAUUAUGUUUUUAAGAUAAUCAUAUUAAAUUAUGGAUAAAAAUACAAUUGUUUUUAUAUUAUUAAAAUAACCAUACCAUAGACAUUAUAUACUUCACGGUAACAGGAAUGCUUAGGUACA